AUGAGCAUAGAGACUUCCUUCGAAACAGGCUCUGCAAAGCCUGAUGAAGCAAGUUCAUUACCUGUGGCAAGCCCAUCGAAAGAUGGCGGCAGAACGACAAGUCACGUACCGAAAAAGAGAGUAAAUAAAAGCCUUCUCUCGCUUCUCAAUGACGCUUGUAAGUACUCUGCAUACAGUGAGUACUCAAUGCCUAGCGGGUUUCUGAGAAGAAAGGGGCCAAACAGUUGUGAGACCACUGCAAAAGGUGAUGGAUUGCAGAAGGAGACACAAGGCAGCGAUAUUAGCUCCAGUUCCAUUUCAGUUGCUGUGCGGAAACAGAGACCAGCCAGUAAGAAGCGACAAGCGGAGCUAUUGAACAAUGGUUCAAACGAGAAUCUUCAGGAAGCAGCUACCAAGAAGAGGCCCUCACGAAUCAAAAAGGCGAGUCAUCAAAACAAGCGUUCCUUUAAACUCGUCUCCGAGACCGCACAUACGCCAGAGGUUUCAAUGGGCCUCCAACCGGACGUUACCAGCUCACAAAAUGAUUUAAUGGACCACGGAAUCUUGCGUAAAGAAUUAGUGGUUUCACAGCGAGCCAACUCUUUCAUAGAAGACCCAAUUGAGCAUUUCACUUGCCGGCGCGAUUUGUUCGACUCCGACGCUUUGCAGAGCAAGGAAAUGUUUGAGGACGAGCUAAUUCAUUCUCGUUCAUUAAGCGAUCCCCCACACGUAAACCCAAAUGUGGUAAAGUUACGGUCGAUAUUGUAUCCCGAUUAUGAAGAAGAAUACAUCGUUGAUUUCAGUACGGAUCUUUCGAAGUACAACCCAAUGAGCGAGAUUGGGCGAAUAAUUGAAUACACCCUGCAAAUCUAUGUCCCUACAAAAUUUGCCAAUCAAUUGCGUAAGAAGGUGGUUCAGCCGCUCAACAAGGCAUUUGAUGAACAAAAUCAAAAAGGUUUUAUUCAGGCUGUUGAAGCGUUUAACGAACUUGUAAAAAAAAUACCUAGAGCAGACAUUGUCGAGCGCUUGCGUCGCACUAAAGCAGUCCCCACAUCCUUUUUCCACAGCCUACUGCACAUGGUGUAUGUUAGAACUAUUCAUCCGAAGGCGAGAUCACUCAAAGAGUACCGAGCUUUCAGUAAUAAUGUGUACGGUGAAUUACUUCCAAACUUUUUGACCGCUGCUUAUGCACAAUGUGGCCUGAAGCCUGGUGAUAUUUUCAUGGAUCUCGGCUCAGGUGUGGGCAACUGCGUUUUGCAGGCAGCAUUAGAGUUUGGAUGCAGUUUAAGCUUCGGUUGUGAGCUCAUGCCCAGUGCCAGUGAUCUGACGACGACACAGGAAUCGGAACUACAGAGAAGGUGCAGACUCUGGGGGCUAAAGCUGUGUCCUACCCAAUUUUCAUUGCGGACAAGUUUCGUCAAUAAUUCAACUGUUGAUGAGCUACUUCCAAAAUGCGAUGUGCUGCUCAUCAACAAUUUCAUAUUUGACGCGAAGCUCAAUCUGCAGAUCCAGAAACUUAUUCAAGUUCUAAAACCAGGCUGCAAAGUCAUAAGCUUAAAAAACCUCAGGCCCUUUGGAUAUACGAUAAACUUCGACGAUGUGGGCAACAUCAUGAACCGUCUCACUGUCAAGAAAUACGACCUCCCGGAAAACAGCGUUUCUUGGACACAUCGCGGCGGUGAGUAUUAUAUCUCCACAGUAGGAGAAGACAUUGACGAGUCCAUUUUCACGACUCACUCGAAGGGCCGUGUAAGGAUGGGGAGGAGGGUCAAGUACACACGUUGA